AUGCGCGUGCCUCCGCUACCGCUGGACCCCGGGGCGCGCGCCGCGGACUGCCAAGGAGGAAUACCGAUGAAGCACGAGGGCGAGCCGAGUGGAGCCGAGUGGAGCCGAUCAGAGGGAACAGCACCUGAGGCAGAAACACCUGAAAACAAACCACCUACCACCAGCCGUUAUCAGUCGCUACCAGUCGCCAUCAGCCGCCACGAGCCGCCACCAGCCGCCACCAGUUGCCACCAGCCGUCAUCAGUCGCCACCAGCCGCCACCAGCCGUCAUCAGUCGCCACCAGCCGUCAUCAGUCGCCACCAGCCGCCACCAGUCGCCACCAGUCGCCACCAGCCGCCACCAGUCGCCACCAGCCGCCACCAGCCGUCAUCAGUCGCCACCAGCCGCCACCAGUCGCCACCAGUCGCCACCAGUCGCUACCAGUCGCCAUCAGCCGCCACGAGCCGCCACCAGCCGCCACCAGUUGCCACCAGCCGUCAUCAGUCGCCACCAGUCGCCACCAGUCGCCACCAGUCGCCACCAGUCGCCACCAGCCACCACCAGCCAUCAUCAGUCGCCACCAGCCGUCAUCAGCCGCCACCAGCCGCCACCAGCCGCCACCAGUCGCCACCAGCCGCCACCAGCCGUCAUCAGUCGCCACCAGUCGCCACCAGUCGCCACCAGUCGCCAUCAGCCACCACCAGGCACCAACAGUCGCCACCAGCCGCCACCAGCUGCCACCGGCCACCACCAGCCGCCAUCAGUCGCCAUCAGUCGCCAUCAGUCGCCACCACCCGCCACCAGUCGCCACCAGCCGUCAUCAGUCACCACCAGCCGCCACCAGCCGCCAACAGCUGCCACCAGCCGCCAUCAGUCGCCAUCAGUUGCCACCAGCCACCAUCAGUCGCCACCAGCCGCCAUCAGUCACCAACAGUCGCCACAAGCCACCAUCAGUCGCCAUCAGUCCCCACCAGCCACCAUCAGUCACCACCAGCCGCCACCAGCCGCCACCAGCCGCCACCAGCCGUCAUCAGUCGCCACCAGUCGCCAUCAGCCACCACCAGCCACCAUCAGUCGCCAUCAGUCCCCACCAGCCACCAUCAGUCGCCACCAGCCGCCACCAGCCGCCACCAGCCGUCAUCAGUCACCACCAGCCGCCACCAGCCGCCAACAGCUGCCACCAGCCGCCAUCAGUCGCCAUCAGUUGCCACCAGCCACCAUCAGUCGCCACCAGCCGCCAUCAGUCACCAACAGUCGCCACAAGCCACCAUCAGUCGCCAUCAGUCCCCACCAGCCACCAUCAGUCACCACCAGCCGCCACCAGCCGCCACCAGCCGCCACCAGCCGUCAUCAGUCGCCACCAGUCGCCAUCAGCCACCACCAGCCAUCAGCAGUCGCCACCAGCCGUCAUCAGCCGCCACCAGCCGCCACCACCUGCCACCAGCCACCAGCCACCACCAGCCGCCAUCAGUCGCCAUCAGUCGCCAUCAGUCGCCACCACCCGCCACCAGUCGCCACCAGCCACCAUCAGCCGCCACCAGUCGCCAUCAGCCGCCACCAGCCGCCACCAGCCGCCACCAGCCGCCAUCAGCUGCCAGCAGGUGUGA